CAAAAAAUAAAGGAAAAUCCACUAGGAUUUAUUAUUGGCAAGGGCUGAAACUAAGCGAACAUUUUUGGUAAAAAGACAAAGCAACGAACCGUUACAAACUGAGAUUCCUUCCUUAUUCCAUUUCUACUUCUCAAUUUCCGGAUUCUUCUUAUUAUUCACCCUUCCAUUAACAGCUCUAACUUAAACAUUUUCCACAAUCUCUUUUGCUUUCUACAGGCUUCCGUCCUACUUUUCUCGUCUUCGCUUGAGGUUUUUCUGAAUUUUGGGUUUUCAGUGGAAUUAACAGCCCUUUUCUUGUUUUUGUUGGUUCUCGUUUUGAAAAGGAAAGGUGGAGAAAAGAAAAAAAAAAAUGGAUUAAUAAAUUGAAGAUAGUGGGGUUGGGUUUAGGUUUUUCUUCUCCGUAAAUCAAAAGCCCUUUUAGAGUGUAUGCUCAGAGAGGGGUUUAUCUUUCGACUGAUUUACGUCUUUUCUGCUGAGAAUCUGCACAAAAAUUAAUUGUGAUUACCGAUUUUGAGAGAACAGAAAGCGUAAAACAUGUGAUGGGCGAUGAAGCCGAAAUAUGGAGGCUAAAACACACACUUUGUGCCCAACAAAGGCUCCUUGAGAAACUCCACAAUGAAUUAGACGCCGAGCGUGAGGCAUCGGCCUCUGCCGCCAGCGAGGCACUAUCAGUUAUACUGCGGCUUCAGAGGGAAAAAGCUGCUGUUAAAUUAGAAGGCGAGCAGUACAAGAGAUUGUCGGAGGAAAAAAUAUCCCAUGCGCAGGAAUCACUAGCCAUAAUCGAGGAUAUAAUCCAUCAAAAGGAAAUGGAGAUAGCUGCCUUGGAUUGUCAAGUCCAGGCAUACAGGUACAAAUUGCUAAGCAUCGACUUUGGCGUUAGUGGCAAUGUGAAAUUCCCAGAAUGCCCUUCUCGUGAGAAUGGGAUUCAGAUUGAUUCGCAGAUGAGGAAAUUGGAUGAUCGGGUGAAAGAGAGUGAAUGCACGAUUAAUUCGUGUGAUUUUCCACAAACAAUCGCUGCCGAUUUGUAUGAAGUAGGCAUUGUGGAUGAAAAUAGUGCGAAAAAUGGUGUUGGUGUGGAUUUUCAUUGUCCGAGAGUGCUUGAUGUUUUUGAGGUUCCACACAUGGGAGGGAUAUGGGAAAACAAUGAGAAAAAUAUUGAGGAUAAAAAAUGGGUUAAUUGUGAAAAAGAGUUGUGUGAGCCGAGUUGUUUAUUGCUUAAUGGGACAUCGGAGAUUGUGAAAGUCGAGAAACCAGUGGAGUGUACUGCCAACAGAGAUGAAGAGCUGAAAUUGUUGAAAGAGAUCAAAGAGAGUCUAAAUUUGUUACAUGAGGAGAUUAGGGUUUUGAAGGUGAAGAAGGAAUCUUCAAAAAAGGAUGACCCAUCAUCUCUAUGUGCACUCUCAGAGGCAAUGCUUUACUUUUGGCUUUGAUUCUAAUAGCUGCUGGAGUGAGUGACAUCUGCUUCUAAUGGAUUCAUCAUGGUCUGUCUCCUGUACAUUUUAUCUGUAUAUAUCAAAAAGAUACCUGAUUGUGUAGAGUAGCUUUGUGAUUUUUUAUUUUUUUUUUUUUCAUCUCAUUUUAUGGAGGUUAUUGUGAUUUCUUUAUCCUUUUCUUUUUAAGUUUUCAGAAUUGUUUUGUAAUUUGAGAUUGUUCCCUGUAUACACUGAGUGAAUAUGUCCAUAGUCGAAAUUUCACUUGAUUAUUUUUUAAUAUAAA